AUGCCUCGAGGAUCCUCUCAGUCUCAGGCUGCCUCUGAUCCCAUGUCCCGCCUAGGACCGAGCAUCAUGGCCAUGCCCCCGCGUGGAUCGUAUGCCGGCAUGCACUGCCGCAAGCUAGGAGGGGGCUCAUCCAAUUCCUCCUCCUCUGGAAGAGCAUCAGGCAGCAACAUGCUGAGGUUUUACAAGGACGAUGCUCCGGGAUUGAAGAUCAGCCCCACGGUCGUCCUUGUCAGAAGCUUCAUCGGCUUUGUUACUGCGCUCCACGCCUUCGGCAAGUUCUAUCGCUACAAAUCUGGACAUGGUGCCUGAU